UCCGCCGCAACAUGGAGGCCGUGAAAGCUUUUAAUAGCGAGUUGUACUCGCUGAAUGACUACAAACCUCCCAUUUCGAAAGCUAAAAUGACCCAGAUUACCAAGGCAGCAAUCAAGGCUAUAAAGUUCUACAAGCAUGUUGUACAGAGUGUUGAGAAAUUCAUUCAGAAGUGUAAACCGGAAUACAAGGUGCCUGGCUUGUAUGUCAUUGACUCUAUUGUUCGACAGUCUCGACAUCAGUUUGGGCAAGAAAAAGAUGUAUUUGCUCCUAGGUUUAGCAAUAACAUCAUUAGCACCUUCCAGAAUUUAUAUCGUUGCCCUGGGGAUGACAAGAGUAAAAUUGUUAGAGUACUAAAUUUAUGGCAGAAGAAUAAUGUGUUCAGGAGUGAAAUUAUUCAGCCUCUACUAGAUAUGGCAGCAGGAAUUCCUCCUCCAGUCGUGACCCCUGUCUUGCCUGGCACAACAGCUACUAUGAGUAACAAUACACCAGGCACGCCUGUGACACCUGCUACACCAGCCAACGUGGUCCAAGGCUUACCUGAUCCUUGGGUCUCUCAGAUAACGAAUACAGACACCCUUGCUGCUGUAGCACAGAUUCUCCAGAGUCCACAAGGCCAACAGCUUCAGCAGUUAAUACAGACCCUGCAAGUCCAACAGCAGAAGCCACAGCCGUCUCUGCUACAGGCGCUGGAUGCUGGUCUUGUGGUUCAGUUACAAGCCCUCACAGCACAACUUACAGCUGCCGCCGCCGCCGCCAACACACUAAAUCCACUAGAACAAAGUGUCUCUUUUAACAAGAAGCUGAUGGACAGGUUUGGGGAUUUUGGGGAAGAAGCUGACAUUAAUGAAGAGCCUAAAAAAGAAACUCCAACUUCCCAGCUGCCUCUUGUAUCGGAGUCUGUGAACAACUCCCUUUUUCAUCAGCUAGCUGAACAAUUGCAGCAACAAAACCUAGAACAUCUGCGCCAGCAGCUUCUAGAGCAGCAACCUGCAAAGGCAAGCCCUGAGGAAACCCAAGAAGGGAAUUUUGGUUCUGAGCAAUCUGCAUCACCCUCUCAAGAUAGUAACCACCAGCAGUUUAUAGAAGUUGAAACGAACCUUGACAACUCAAUGGAUGUUCAACAACAGGACAUGGAUAUAGAUGAAGGGCAAGAAGUUGUUGAACAGGAAGCCUUCGAACAAGAGGAAAAGAAAUCAGCAGUUAUUUCAAGAUCAAGAACACGUUCAAGAUCUCGUUCAAGAUCCCCAAGAAAAAGAAGGUCCAGAUCACGAUCCGGCUCUCGAAAGCGUAAACAUAGAAAACGUUCCCGCUCUAGAUCAAGAGAAAGAAAAAGGAAAUCCUCGAGGUCAUAUUCCAGUGAAAGAAGAGCUAGAGAAAGGGAGAAAGAACGACAGAAAAAAGGGUUACCUCCCAUACGAUCCAAAACACUAAGUGUCUGCAGUACUACGCUUUGGGUUGGCCAAGUAGACAAAAAAGCCACGCAACAAGAUUUAACAAAUUUAUUUGAGGAAUUUGGACAAAUAGAAUCUAUAAAUAUGAUUCCUCCUAGAGGUUGCGCGUAUGUCUGCAUGGUUCAUAGACAGGAUGCAUAUCGUGCUCUUCAGAAAUUAAGCUCUGGGUCUUACAAGAUUGGAUCGAAAAUUAUUAAGAUUGCAUGGGCUUUAAAUAAAGGGGUGAAAACUGAAUACAAACAAUUCUGGGAUGUAGAUCUUGGAGUUUCAUACAUACCUUGGGAAAAAGUUAAACUGGAUGAUUUAGAUGGCUUUGCUGAAGGAGGCAUGAUUGACCAGGAGACAGUAAAUAAUGAAUGGGAAACUUCAAGAAUCACAGAGUCUGUAAAAGAGCCUGUGCAAACCACCCAGACUGCAACAUCUGAAACAACCACAGUUGUUACAACACAAACAGAAACGUACACACAGUCUGUUGCUAUGUUACAGAUUCCUGUGGCUCCAGCUGUGCCUACUGUUAGUUUAGUUCCUCCAGCAUUUCCUGUUACAAUGCCUGUCCCCCCUCCUGGUUAUAGUUCAAUUCCUCCACCUCCCUUCUUGAGAGCAAGCUUCAAUCCUUCGCAACCACCUCCUGGGUAUAUGCCACCUCCAGUUCCACCUCCAGUUGUUCCACCAGUAGUCCCAACGUCUCUUGUACAGCCUUCGCUACCAAUUGCUCAAGAGACAAUGAAAGAGGUUCCUUUUAGCAGCCUUGUUCUACCAGUCGGCACUAUUUCUAGCAGUCUUACCACCUCAACAUUAUCUGCUGGAAGUGUUUUUACUCCUCUUUCAAGUACCAAGUCAGAAUUGGAUGAAAAAGGUUCACACCUUGCAGACCUUCAGAUUUCAUCCAGUGAAAACAGAGCUGCUCUAGAUGAUGUUUCAAGCAGUUCUGGACUUAUUGGGGGACUGCAACCACCCAGUGUCUCCACCAGUUCUGGGCUUGUGGCUGGAGUGCAGCCACCCAGUGUCUCAAGCAGCUCGGGGCUCGUGCAGCCUAGCAUCUCAAGCAGCUCUGGACUUUUGGCAAGAGUUCAGCCCCCUAGUGCUUCAAGCAGCUCCGGGCUUCUUACGGGUAUUCAGCCACCCAGUGUCUCAAGCAGCUCCGGCCUUCUUACAGGACUCCAGCCCAUGAAUGUCUCAAGCAGCUCUAGCCUUCUCAUGGGACUCCAGCCACCCAUAGUGUCAAGUAGCUCUGGACUUUUGACAGGAAUCCAGCCACCCAUAGUGUCAAGUAGUUCUGGGCUUUUGUCAGCACUCCAGCCACCCAUUGUGUCAAGUAACACUGGGAUUCUGGGAUUGCCACCACCAAUGGUCUCAAGUAGUUCUGGACUGUUAGGUGUGCCACCACCAAAUAUUUCCAGUGGUUCUGGACUUCUAGGGCUACAGCCACCCACUGGGAUUCAAAGCCUACCCCAUUUAAGUAUUGCAAGUCAAAGGUUGCCUGGAAUGCCUCUGGUAGAUAUCCGGUCAGGACUAAUGCCACAGCCACAUGGGCCAAGAUUUCCACUAUUACAGCCUGGAAUGCCACCACAGCGUAGCAUUCCUCCUCCAGCAAUCCUUGACCCAUCACUUCCUCCUCCACCUAGAGCUUUCCUUCCAGGAGAUCUUUUUAAUCAAACAGAGAGGCCUUUUGGAACUUCUGGUAGGCAAAGUGUUGAUAACAUUUCUAAUCCAGAUAAAAGGUUGCCAAUUGGAGAUGACAGCAUUCAGCAGGAAGGAGACAGAGAUUAUCGCUUUCCUCCUGUAGAAAACCGAGAGAACUUUAAUCGACCAUCUUCAGUGGAUAUUAGAGAUUCUAUGGGACGGCCACCACUAGAUCCAAGAGAGAGUCUAGGAAGGCCCCCAGUAGAUGGACGAGAUCAUCUUGCCAGGCCACACAUAGAUUUAAGAGAGAACUUUGGAAGGCCAGGUAUGGAUACCCUUGGCCGGAGAGAUCGUUUUGCUUACAAUUCAGAUAAGCAUUGGGGACAAAGAGGAGAUUAUGAUGAAAGAGAGCAUCAUUCUUUUCCUGCAUAUGGCGGUCUUAAAGGCUUCCAGGACGAUCGAGAGAGGUAUCGACAAACGAACUACAGAUUUGAAACGCGAAGUGGCCCUAGCUGGAACAGGGGCCUGGAACAGGAUACGCACAGAGACUUUGAUGACCGCCGUAGACCGUGGGAAAGGCAAAGGGACAGGGAUGACAGAGAUUUUAAUUUUGGCAGAGAAAUCAACGGAAACAGAUUUGGGAGAGAGAGAUUACAGAAUAACUGGAUACCUCCUCCACACCCAAGAGCUUUUGAAUAUUUUGAAGGGAGCAGUUCUCAACCAAAAGCUGACAAUGUGCCCCAAGUUAACGGUGAAAAUGUAGAGAUGGAGAGCCGGCCGCCUGAUGUGCAAGCACAGGACGAAUCGGAACUGUAUGAACAGCUGCCAACUUCAAGUGACAUAAAAAAAGAGAAGAGUGACACAGAAGCUGAAUUAGAAAGUGAACCAGUGGUAGAAAGCACAGAAACUGAGGGGACAUAAUCAUCACUCAGUAGGCAAUAUGAUGAAGGAUGUUGUGGCAACUGACGGUGUGCUGGGCUCGGCAGAGUUAAGUGCGAAGUGCUUCUGGGUUCUAAAGGCCAUCACAUCGGAGCUUGGUUGUGGAGUAUUAGAAGGAAGGAACCUGGCAUUACAUAUUGAGAAGGUGUUUUGUGUCAGUACGCACAUUCUGAUAAACACCAGGGACUAUAAACGUACCAACAGUAUUACCUGUCUGGAGCAGGGUUAAUUUUAUAAAUUGAAACCAAUAAACUCUGUGAGUUUUUUUAAACACCUUUUUUUCUGCUCAGAUGAACA